ACCUACAACUACUGGUAAAUGUGAAAAGUCAACAGAUACAUUCUUUUUUAUCAUCGGAAUGAUUUAUGUCAAUUAGCUGGGAAAUAUCUGCCAAUUUUUGCCAUUGAUAGUAAUAUAUUAGGGCGAGACUGGUAUGCAUUUUUUAGUUUUAAAUCUCACUUCACGUUAGAUGAUUAUGUUACAUUAUUACAUGAAAUAUCUUUAGACACAAUUAGCGAUCCAGCCAAUGAAUUUCGUAUUCAAACAAUUUAUGAACAUUUAUUAACAAUGUUGCUAAAGAUACCUCUACAAAAUCGUAAAAGUCCAACACUAUGUUUAUUAGCUGAAAAUAAUAAAUUUUUAUCAACAAAAGAUUUACACAUUUGUUUGGAUCAAACUGAUAUUACUCAUUUAAAAGAUAAAAUUGGAAUUUUCAAAGUUCAUGAUAGAAUUAAAAAAAUGCCCAAUUUUAAUUAUUUAAUUGAAUUUUUUAAUAUUCAUAGAAUACGACAAGAAAAUGCGAUAUUACGAUCAACAGAUGACUCUGAAUCGGUUGAUUUAAAACAAAAAUUAACUAAUAUAACACCGUACAUAUUAAAAUGGCUACGACAAAAACAUAAAUAUUCAAAUGAACUACUCGAUCAAACACAACGAAAAAUAUUGCAUGUUGAAUUAUUUGAAGCAUCUCGUCUCGACUUAUUCUAUGAAAAUAAUUUUUUUUGUCAAACAAAUGUUCACAUAACAAAAAAUCGAUUAUAUUUCAUUCGACCAUGGAAUUGUGAAUCAAAUAUAAAAGAUAUUCCAAAGAAAUUAUGUGAAAUUUUAUCAUUACGCAAUUUUGAAAAUGAUAUGAAAUUUCUAUUAUAUAACACUAUUGAAGAUAUUGACGUUCGAUUUAUUCGAGAUGGCAUAUCGUUAACAAGUCAAAUGAAUAGCAACGAAGAAAAUGAUCAUAAUUUUAGUAUGUUAUCGAAAAAGUGUUUUAAGUUAUUCCUGUUUUUUUCUUCAGAAAUUUAA